AUGGUUUCCAACAAAUUCUUCGCCAUUGUAGCUGGCAUCGGGCCCGGAACUGGUCGAUCAGUCGCUCUCCGCUUUGCGGAGUCGUAUCCAGUCGUCUUGCUAUCCCGUCAACCGGAGAGCUACAAGGACGUGGUUGCCCAGAUCAACAACGCUGGCGGGAAGGCGAUUGGUAUCUCCACCGAUGCAACAGACCAGUCAUCUCUCAAUUCCGCACUCGAGUCCGUCAAGAAGGAGUUUGCGGAUUUGCAGCUUGUGGCGGCGAUCUACAACGUCCGACCCAAUGUACGGGGAAGCCGCAAACCCUUCCUAGAACUAAACCUGGGGGAUCUGGACGCCAGCCUCAACGGCAAUAUCCGUGGUCUCUUCAACUUUGCGCAAAGCGUGUUGCCGCUACUUCUCCAGUCUGUGGAUAGUUCUCCGUUACCACCAACGUUCAUCGUCACCGGAGCGACUGCAUCGAUCCGAGGCUCCAAACUAUGGUCUGUCAUCGCGGCCGGGAAAUCCGGUGGCCGGAUCUUGACACAGUCCCUUGCCAGGGAGUUCGGUCCGGCGGGAGUGCACGUCGCGCACGCCAUCAUCGACGGUGGCAUUGACGUGCCUGACGCGGAGCAUGCUGCUCGCAAUGAUGCAACUCCAGAUGGCAAACUAAGCCCUUAUGCUAUUGCUGAAAGUUACUGGAGUCUGCAUACGCAACACAAGUCGGCCUGGACACAGGAGAUUGAUUUGAGGCCAUUCAACGAGCAUUUCUAGGCCAUGGCUCUCUGAUGAUUUGGGUAGGAUGACGCUCGAUAACAACAUGGAGGAAAGACAUACUGCCACGGCUCAAUCCUGCUUCAAGACACUUGUAUGCUUGUGGUUGACAUGGAGAACAGAGGCAGUCUCCCCCGUGAGUCAGAUGAGGUGCGGGACAGGCUUAGGCAAUAG